AUGGGCUGCAAUCUGUGUAGUUUACAGAAGAGAGAGGAGCAUUAUAAACUACUGUACGAGAUCUCACAGGUGAACGGGAGGGAUCUGUCGAGAGCCAGUCAUGAGGAGGCGGCGGAAGCUCUGCGCAGUGCUAAAGACCCUAUCGUGGUGCAGGUGCUCCGGCGGACCCCUCGGCCCCGGGGUCAAGGGUCGGUGCAGGACGUGUGCACGCAGACGGAGAUCACCUUCGAGCACAUCAUGGCUUUGGCCAAACUGCAUCCCGUCUCGCCGCCGGUGCCGGAUCUCUGCCCCUUUCUCCUGUCGGACAGCUGUCUCUCUCUGCACACCACGGAUCAGGAAUACUUCCAGGGCAGCGAGUAUCUCUCCAACACACCAGCGGACCUCGAGAGGACCCAUGACUUCGAGUACGAGGAGGUUGAGCUGCGUCGAGUGAGCCGUCAGGAGAAGCUGGGCCUCACGCUGUGCUACAGAACAGACGAUGAGGAGGACAGCGCCAUCUACAUCAGCGAGAUCGAGCCGAACAGCAUCGCUGCGCGAGACGGUCGAAUCCGAGAAGGCGACCGUAUUUUACAGAUAAAUGGGCGGGACGUUCAGGACAGACAGGAAGCGGUGGCUGUUCUCUCCAGUGAAGAAUGCAGGAAUAUUGUGCUGCUGGUCGCAAGGCCGGAAAUGCAGUGCAUCAUGGGAGUGAACAGACAGAUUCCCAUUUCCAUAGUAACACUGAAAGAUUGCUGGAUUGGGCUUGAGGAUAACGAGUUCUUCACCGGGAGUCAUCAUCACAUAAUCUCUCAAUGCACAUCAGAGGAGCCGUGGCUGGAUGAUGAGCACAGCGAAUUCUUAGAGGAGCUGAAGAUGGAAAUGCUGGAGGAGCAGAGGAGAGAAGAGGAGGAGGAGACGAAGAGAGCGGAGGAGCCGUGGCUGGAUGAUGAGCACAGCGAAUUCUUAGAGGAGCUGAAGAUGGAAAUGCUGGAGGAGCAGAGGAGAGAAGAGGAGGAGGAGACGAAGAGAGCGGCUCGAGAGGAAGAGGAGGAGGAGACGAAGAGAGCGGCUCGAGAGGAAGAGGAGGAGGCCAGACAAACUCAAGACGAAAGCAUCACGGCGUCCUGCUCCUACAACCACCAGAAGAUCAUCGAUCCGACCGCCGCUUCGGAGAAGAGCGUCCUCGCACAGAUCCAGAAGAAGCUAUCGCGGUGUCUGCGCCAGAGCUCGGCAUCGGGACAGAGCGGAGCGGAGAAGGACAAGCGCUGUCGGCAGCUCCUGGAGCUGAAGUGUCAGAUCCGCAACAGCAGUGAGUACGACCUCUUCUACGCUCGCAGCAGCACCAUCGAGUGCAGCCUGACGGAGCCCAGCGGCGUGGAGCGCGAGCUCCGCAUGCUCAACGAGGAACUGCGCAGCAUCCAGAUGGAGUGCCAGAACAUCAUGAAGGCGCAUCAGCUGGGAUCCCGCAAGCUGGCGGACAUCAGCGAGCAUCCCGAGAAGUCGGACAAGGACAGUUCGAGCGCGUACAACACGGCAGAGAGCUCGCGCAGCACGCCGCUAACCAUGGACCGCUCCCUGGAGCGCCGCAGGGUCAGCCUGACCAACCAGAAGAACCUGCUGGCGCUCCGAAGGGUGCCGAGUGGCAGUCCCGACCACAGCAACCCAUCUGAGUCCGAACAGACGCCUCCCGAAGGCUCCCACUCGCGAAUCCCCGCACGGUGCCAGCGGCCGGUGGACGACCCGGUGCAUGCGCGACAGCACCAGAGCUAUGUGCAGCUGAUCCAGCAGCAGUCGGCGGUGGAGUUCACCCUCAGCGGUCCGCAGGUCGCACGGCCUUCCGAACCCAAGAUGGAGUGGAAGGUCAAGGUCCGGAGUGACGGAACCAGGUACAUCACCAAACGGCCCAUCCGCGACCGACUGCUCCGGGAGCGAGCGCUCAAGAUCAAGGAGGAGCGCAGCGGCGGCAUGACGACCGACGAUGACGCCAUGAGCGAGAUGAAGAUGGGACGCUACUGGAGCAAAGAGGAGCGCAAGCAGCACCUCCUGCGGGCCAAGGAGCAACGGCGGCGGCGCGAGUUCAUGCAGCGGAGCCGCUUGGAGAGCCUGCGGGAGAAUCCACUCAGCAGCGGAGAGGGAAUCAUCGAACUCAGCCAGCGCAAGAUGAUGAAGAAGCGGAACAAGAAGAUUCUGGACAGCUGGAUGACCAUUCAGGAACUGAUGACGCACGGGAAGAAAGCGCCGGAAGGAUCCACAGUUCACAACGCCUUCCUGUCCGUUACAACUGUAUAGAUUCAUGCAAGUUCUCCAACUUUACCCAUGCGGUACGAUCUACUUUUGCCUCGUUCAAUGCGGCGAUUUUUAUGAGAAAAGACGAGACUAUUUUCACACUUUGUUAAUGUUUUCUAAGCAAUUAAACGAGUGCUUUUAAAUGCUUUUUUGUUACCGGAAUAUUUCAACUAGGGUACCUAAAGAAAUAUUUCAUUCAAACAAUACAGUUCUGUCAUAAUUCACUUUUAGUCCAAACCUCUAUGACUUUCUACGAAGUCUCUUAGAGGACUUGGUGAUGGAAGAAUAUGAGAUGGGAGGGGAAAUUAUCUCAGUGUUUUUGAGUGCGCUAGCUAUAGUUUGGCAUUCCCUCAAGCAGGGCCAUCCUUAGGGGGUGCAACUGGUGCGGUCA